ACCCAACUCUCUCUUCAACUUGCAAUAACAUUAACUCUCGCAGGACAACGACAAGAGAUUGACAAAGAGAGAAAAAUUAAACAGAGUAUUAACUCCGUUUUAUUCAUUAACCUAAAGAGUCGUAGAAACAGUAUACAGAGUGAGGGAGAGAGAGAAAUGGAGAGACAACCAUGCUGUAAUAAAGUAGGGUUGAAGAAAGGACCAUGGACUGCAGAAGAAGACAGGAAGCUCAUGAACUUCAUCCUCACCAAUGGACAAUGUUGUUGGAGAGCUGUUCCCAAGCUUGCUGGUCUACUUAGGUGUGGUAAGAGUUGCAGACUUCGUUGGACGAAUUAUCUCAGACCAGACCAUAAAAGAGGUCUUCUCUCUGAUUACGAAGAGAAGAUGGUCAUUGAUCGCCAUUCCCAACUCGGCAACAGGUGGUCAAAGAUAGCUUCUCAUUUGCCGGGAAGAACAGACAACGAAAUCAAGAACCAUUGGAACACUCACAUCAAGAAGAAGUUAAGAAAAAUGGGGAUCGACCCUCUCACGCAUAAACCACUCUCUAUCGUCGAACAAGAGGACGAAAAACCCGUCAAGAAGUUGCAGAAAGUUCAAAUGCCUUUACAAGAACCAGCCGAGAAGAAUCUUGAGGAACCAAAUAGUUAUUGUCUAACCAAAGAAAGCAACAACACCAAGAACACGUCAAGACUUGAAGAGUCUUUAGAUCAUGAUCAGUUCAAUGCGAUGAAUCUUGAGUAUGGUGUCGAAGAUGUUCCUCUUGUUGAUCCAGAGUCUUUAGAGCUUAUCUGCAGCAGCUCAACAAUGUCUUCAUCCACGUCCACGCCUUCGAAUUCUUCUAAUGAUUCGAGUUUCUUAAAGGAUUUGCAGUUUCCGGAUUUCGAGUGGUCCGAUUAUGGUAAUAGUAAUAAUAAUGAUUAUAAUGAUGGUGUGGACAACAUUAUAGAGAACAAUAUGAUGAGCCUGUGGGAUGUUGAUGACUUUAGCAGUUGGGAUUUGCUGCUUUCUUCCACU